CGCGGAGUGAGCGCAGCCCGGAUGGAUCAUUCGAUGAAGUAGCCGAUUCCGUACCGCGCGCCUUCCAGUGACGCCGGAAGAAAACGGACGCACGCAGACAUCCCUCCAGUCAGUCGCAGCUCUGUGCCUGAAUACAGAAGGAUCAGCAAAAUGUAUCAAAUUCCAGUGAAGAACCUGACAAAACUAAGACGUCCAAGAAAACGCGUCAAAAGUAUUUUGUGUGACAUCGGGAUGCAGCAGUGUCAAGAUUUAUUGGAGACAUACAAAUGUUUUGAUGCUGGUGAUGCAAGUUUUGACAACACCGAAUGGGAUGAUUUUACUGAUGGUCAUGUUGGCAAAAAGAAAAAAAAGUAUCCAUACCGGAGCCAAACUCUGUGCUGCAGUCUGUGUUGGUACUCCAGCCGGUCAAUACCCACAUUCAGAAGUCACAUACAUCGCUGUCACUGGAAUGAUCUGGAUGUGGCCUGUUUGUUAAUAUGCCCCUACUGCCCAUUUGUCAGCUCUCCGAAAGUCACAGAGCAACACAUUCAGUUUUUCCACAUGCUGGCAUCAAAAACCCAUCGUAUACCUCUUCACAGCAAGCCUAGCCACACUUUGGCCCGCACACCGAAAACCGUGUCAGUUACAGUUUCUGCUGAUGCUGCCGAUGACAGAUACAGGUGCACAAUCUGCGGCUAUCAUGACUCUUUACUAUACGUGAUGAAGAAGCACGUCUUGGUAAACCACUAUACUGCGAUGCUGGAUCGCUACUUUGGACUAAGCUUGGACAGUAAGCAAAAGACUGAUGGUGAGCAGAUACGUGACGGCGCAUCAGUGAAAUAUCACUGCAAAGUGUGCAAACUGCCUGCAGAGACCAUUGAACAUUUACUGUAUCACAUUUUGAGUUCAGAGAAACACAAAGAGCUGCACUGGCAAAUAAUGGCUUGUAUAAUCGAAAAAGACUGCACAAACCAAAUGGCCGGACUACAGAAUCUGCUAAAAUUUGCACCAAAAGCAAUGCAACAGGUCACGUUGCUCGCAAGGCCGAACUAUGGGCCACAGCAGAUGCAACACACAAAUGGAAACGGUACUGUUCUUCUGGCCGGCCCAAGCAACACGACUGCUUUGUUUUGCUCUCCUGGUGCAGGACAGAUGUUUCUGUCCCCACAAACACAAGCUUUACUGUCAGGCACGCCUGUUCAACAUCCGCAGUCCCCCAGCAGGAUGCCACAAGUCCUGCCUACCUCUCCAGUAGUGAAGCCGAUUAAUAUGAAGAUGCCAAACAUGCCGCAAGGCGCACCCAAGACAGUACCCAUCACUAUGGCCAUGCCCAGGCUACCGCAGACCAAUCAAGCACAGCAGGUUCUUCUUCCGCCUGGUGUUCAGGUUAACCUCCCAGGCGAAAUGGGUGUUCGGGCACCAUUUCUUGUCACUCAAGGUCUUCAGCUAAACCAGUCAGUUCCCAGAGCUCCCCUCAUAGCUCCGCAGUCAGUGCAUCUCAUUCCUACAGGCAACAAUGUCAACGGUGUCCCAACCUUCACUCUAGCGCCCGUUCAAGUCACGGUUCCCGUCAACGGUGGUCCCGGUCAAGCGGUUUUAUCACAAAACCAGAUCAGCCAACCUACAAAUUCAGCUGUGGUGCCCAAGGGUCUCAAAUCAACAGUUCCGAGGGCGAUAUAUAGACAUUCUGUCCCGAAUGAGUUGGCUGUGCUCGCGCCGUUUUUGAAGAAACAUGACGAUCACACUGUCAAGUGCCUGAGGUGCAAGAUUUUACUAACAGAGCAGGGGAUCUUCCAGCAUUUGUUGCAUGGCUUAAAGUGUCUUUUCUGCCCUCAGAUGUUCUACUCUUUCAAGCAGAUCAUGGAGCACACCAAUAAAGAGCACAGUUUGAAGAUCAAGGAAAAUCGGCAUUUCAUUAAACAACAGUUUAGUCUCGACUGUGACGACGAGGGGAACCUCGUGUUCAACACUUUCAAUCUAAACACAGAUGUGCCCAAAGAUCUUCUUGACAACCGAGAGCUCAACCUUGCACUGGUUACCAGCUUUCAAGAUAAGCUAUACAUAAAAAUGUAUCCAGACAAGGCAGAAUACGCAACCACGUUGAAAACGACCCCUACCGCCUGCCCAUUUUGCCAAGUAAAGCUCCAGAACUUUGAGGACUAUGAGCGUCAUCUUCAAACAAAACACCACAUCGUUCCCACCAUUCAUGCAAUACUAAAAACGCCUGCAUACAAAUGCAUAUAUUGCUUUGGGGUGUAUACUGAAAAAUCGACACCGAAAACAAUCUCCACUCAUGUGCAACGGUGCCGUUGUGCGCCCAAAGCCAUCAAGGAAGCAGAAAAGCAACUGAAUCCAGAUACAACAGAACGUGAUGAUGGCGAUUCAUGUAAUUCUCCUCAGACGGCCAGUUCUUCAGACGUGGCCUGUCAGACAGGCCUUGAAUUUGUCAAGCCAAAGAAGGAAGUAAUCACUCCGAAGAGCAGGAGAAGGAACUCGAAAGCUCCAGAGGUAGAAGUCCCUGCAACUCCAGUCAAGCUCGUCUUGGAACCAAUGGGAAUGGAGAUGACAUCGUUCGAGGACAGGAAAGACUUCCUUUCGCAGUACUUCCACAGGAAGCCAUACGUGACGAAGACUGAAAUCGAACUGCUAGCCUCCCGUUUGUGGAUAAACAAGGCUGACGUAAAGGCUCACUUUAACAGCAAGCUCACCAAAUGCUUGAAAGCAAUUCAGAAGAAGAGGGUUUGUGUACGUCUCGGGUUCAAAAUGAUGGAAGUGAACAAGCUGAAGCACAAUCUCUUCAUUCCAGAAGUAAAGCCUGUUAAAAAAAAAGUCUUGAAUGAGGUGCAACAUGGUGGCCUCGUUCCACAGGUAACAGUUAAAAAAAAGGACGUGAAUGAAAUUAAACAUGACCUCUUCAUUCCUGCAGCACCAGUAACAGUUAAAAAAAAGGAUGUGAAUGAAAUUACACAUGACCUCUUCAUUCCUGCAGCACCAGUAACAGUUAAAAAAAAGGAUGUGAAUGAAAUUACACAUGACCUCUUCAUUCCUGCAGCACCAGUAACAGUUAAAAAAGAAGACACGACUGAAUUUAAACAUGACCUCUUCAUUCCUGUAGCACCAGUAACAGUUAAAAAAGAAGACACGUCUGAAAUUAAAAAUGAUCUUUUCAUUCCUGCAGCACCAGCAACAGUUAAAAAAGAAGACACGACUGAAAUUAAACAUGACCUCUUCAUUCCCGCAGAACCAGUAACAGUUAAAAAAGAAGACAUGAAUGAAAUUAAACAUGACCUCUUCAUUCCCGCAGAACCAGUAACAGUUAAAAAAGAAGACACGUCUGAAAUUAAACAUGACCUCUUCAGUCCUGCGGCACCAGUAACAGUUAAAAAAGAAGACACGACUGAAAUUACACAUGACCUCUUCAUUCCCGCAGCACCAGUAACAGUUAAAAAAGAAGACACGAAUGAAAUUACCCAUGACCUCUUCAGUCCUGCGGCACCAGUAACAGUUAAAAAAGAAGACAUGAAUGAAAUUACACAUGACCUCUUCAGUCCUGCGGCACCAGUAACAGUUAAAAAAGAAGACACGACUGAAAUUACACAUGACCUCUUCUUUCCUGCGAUACCAGUAACCAUUAAAGAAGAGUAUGUGAAUGAAAUGGAAGAUGGUCUCUUUAUUCCAGGGAUAACUGUUAAACAAGAGGAUGUAAGUGAAAUGUAAGAUGCUCUCUUCAUCCCAGAGGUAUGGCCUCUGUAAAUAUGGAUAAACAGAUUGUUAGAAGAAUUAAGUUUAUAGGCAGCAAGUUCACACUAGGAUGGAAACCAUUGCAAAAUGUUUAUUUAAAAAUACUCUAUUUACACAUUUGUAAGAAGGUUUGCCUCUCGUUAUUAGUAAAUUUGAAAAAUGGGAAUGUACAGCAAGGCUGAGAAGACUCUACACUCUGUUUUUGUAUUUUUGUUGUGCAUAGGUCAUAUGAUGACGUUAAAAACGUUUUUUUUUUUUUUUUUUUUACAUAUCUUUAUUGCAAGGAAACACUCAAUUGAAGUAAUACUUUUUUCUUUUUGUGGACAUGUGUAAUAUACAUUUGGGGAUAUCUGUAGUGUAAUAGUUCUGCAUCUAACAUUUUAUAUUAGAACUGUACAGAAAAUUAAGAUUUAGUUAAAAGUAUUAAAUAGCAAAUUAGGCUGCAUUUCAUUGCUGUAUCACAGAAAAGGGGCACUUUAUGGUGUUGUCGUGUUUUUUUGUUUUGUGCUUCAUAAAAUACACUGUAAUCAUUUCAGACAAUGAAAAAAGACAAGUGCCUCUGUGUCCUAUUUAAACUUUUC